AUGAAUGGUCUUCACAUUAUUCAUUUAGAUGAGAUAACACGUUACGAAGAAAUGAUCAAAUUACCAUCGAUCACCGCAAGCAAAAUAGAUAUUAAGAAGCCUACCAAAAAUGCAUCAACUGAUCACCAGUCUAUGUUCCCUAAUCAAUCGAAAAUUCUUGAUAACGAUUCGACCGUUAAGAAAUCUACUCCCUCUACCUCUUUUCUACCGCAAAUUAGCGACAGUGCAUUGAAACCUACAGUUUCAAAUUCAUCUACAAGCAAAGUCCCAACAGGCUCCACUUCAACAGUGAAAUUCUCGAAUGGAGAUGUGUAUAAUGGGUCCAUAGUUGAUGGUCAGAAAGAUGGUCAGGGAACCUAUCAAUGGGCCUCGGGGGGUGAAUACAAUGGAACAUGGAAAGAUAAUAAUUUCCACGGUAGAGGAACUAGAACUUGGCCAUCGGGCGACAAAUAUAUUGGCCAGUGGAUUAACGGUAACAAGCAUGGGCGUGGAAAAUACUUAUGGCCAAGCGGAAAUGUUUACGAUGGAGACUGGAAAGAUGAUCAGAGAACUGGCAAAGGUACAUUUCUAUGGGCUGAUGGUAAUAAAUACAUGGGAGACUAUAUAGCCGGUGAACGAACUGGAACGGGAACCUAUAUAUGGGUUGACGGUACUAAAUACACCGGAGACUUUGUAGCUAAUGAACAGACUGGGAAGGGAACCUAUGUAUGGGUGGAUGGUUCAACCUAUAUCGGUCAAUGGGUGAAGGGAAACAUGCAUGGAAAAGGCAUUCGUACAUAUGCUAACGGAAAUAUCUAUGACGGAGAGUGGAGGAACGAUAAGAGGCAUGGUAAAGGUAACUUGAAGUGGAAAGAUGGUGAGGAGUAUAAUGGUGAGUGGAAAGAUGAUAACUUUGAUGGGCAAGGAACUAGAACAUGGGCAUCGGGAGAUAAAUAUAUUGGGCAGUGGAUCAGUGAUAAACAGCAUGGGCGUGGAAAACACUUAUAUGCAAGCGGGGAUGUUUAUGAUGGAGACUGGAAAGAUGAUCAUAGAACUGGCAAAGGUACAUUUGUAUGGGCUAACGGUAAUAAAUACACCGGAGACUUUAUAGUUGGUGAACGAACUGGGACGGGGACCUCUAUAUGGGUAGAUGGUUCGACUUAUAAUGGUCAGUGGAAGAGCGGAAACAUGCAUGGAAAAGGCAUUCGUACAUAUGCUAACGGAAAUAUAUAUGACGGAGAGUGGAUAAACGGUAAGAUGAAUGGUACAGGUAAUUUCAAGUGGAAAGAUGAUGGAGAGUAUAAUGGUGAGUGCAAAGAAGAUAAUUUUGAUGGUCAAGGAACUAGAACGUGGGCAUCGGGAGACAAAUAUAUUGGUCAGUGGAUCAAUGGUAAACAGCAUGGGCGGGGAAAAUACAUAUAUCCAGAUGGAAAUGUUUAUGAUGGAGACUGGAAAGAUGAUCAUAGAACUGGUAACGGGACAUUUAUGUGGUCUUGCGGUAAUAAAUACAUCGGAGACUUUGUAGUCGAUGAACAAACUGGGACAGGAACCCAUACAUGGGUGGAUGGUUCGACUUAUAACGGUCAGUGGAAGAAGGGACACAUGCAUGGAAAAGGCAUUCGUACAUAUGCUGACGGAAGUGUAUAUGAUGGAGAGUGGAGGAACGAUAAGAAAACUGGCAAAGGUAACUUCAAGUGGAAAGAUGGUGGAGAGUAUAAUGGUGAAUGGAAAGAAGAUAACUUUGAUGGCCAAGGAACUAGAACAUGGCCAUCGGGAGACAAAUAUAUUGGUCAGUGGGUCAAUGAUAAAAGACAUGGGCGUGGAAAAUACUUAUGGUCAGAUGGAGAUGUUUAUGAUGGAGACUGGAAAGAUGGUCAGAGAACUGGCAAAGGAACAUUUAUAUGGGCUGACGACACUAAAUACAUCGGAGACUUUGUAGUCAAUGAACGAGUUGGGAAGGGAACACAGACAUGGGCAUCCGGAGAUAAAUACAUAGGGCAGUGGAUGAGUGAUAAAAUGCACGGACGCGGAAAAUACAUAUGGUCUGAUGGAACGAUACGUGUGGGUCGAUGGAACAAUGGAAAGCAGUGUUAG